CGUCGCGUACAGAUGUGCUGUUAUCUGUUGUUUAUUACACGCGAGCGAUAGUGUACCAUCCAAACGCGCGCGUUUAUACUCUGUGGUGCUUCUCUUUGCUCGAUUACCUUCUUUUCUUUAUCUAUCGAGCUUUAUCUUCUUCUGUUUGACGAAAAAACGAUACGAACAAACGAACGAACGAACGAACGAACGAACGAACGACCGAACGAACGAACGAACGAACGAACGAACGAACGAACGAAUGAACGAACGAACGAACGAACCAACGUACGUACGUACGAACGAACGAACGAACGAACGAACGAACGAACGAACGUACGAACGUGACGGAAGGUCAAUGGUGUGUGUGAACAAGAGAGUUUAGUGUGACAGUGCACGGAUAUGAAUUCUCGAGACGACCGCCAUGCGUCUCCUUCGCCAACGAAGGAUCCUUCCUGGAGACACGGAUUGAUGCCACGGGAUCGUUUCUACGGUGAAGAGCCACUCGAUCGUCCUAACUUAUCGUGUUCAACUCGAUGAAGAACGAUUGCUCAAGGAAGACGACGACUGUCGACGGUGAGGAUCUGUUUUCUUAAAAAAGAAAGAGUAAAAAAGGAAGAAUCGAUACACCAACAAAGUAGUUCGCGCCUUUUUUUAAUUAACUUUUGCCGCUUACGUCGUCGAGAAAGACAUCGUGUGUUCUACGAGCAAGAUAGUGUAUUAUCUCAAGGAUCUAAGAGUAAGAGUGGAAAAGCCGAGUAUCCGAUUUCUGACGGUUGUGAUAAUUCGGAGCCUCUUCGAAUUGGUUCGAAAUCGGGAAUAGAAAAAUAAAAAACGUGACACGCAAGUGCUAGCCGCGAGGGAAGAUAAACCUCGUAAGUUUUCUUAGCGAUUUUCUUCCCAAGGAGAUUGUAAGAUCGACCAACCCACGGCAUGCCGUGGCUCGAGUUAAUCCAAGAGAACCGGAAGAAGAGAACCGGUUUCCGUAUAGUCGGACCUCAAUAAGGUCCGCGAAGGGGUUAGUGGGAGCAAGAUAAAAGAAGAAACGGGAGUUAGAGCGAGAAAGCAAGAAAGAGAGAGAGAGAGAGCGAGAGGUAGGACCCAAAAGCUUUUGUUUUUCGUCGUGACAAGCUGUCGGUGGGCUCCUUGGGCCCACCUCUCAUCGGUCAAGCUGGCGAGCGCUCUAACCGCUGGUAUGAACCCCCACCACCCGGGCCACCCCGCAGCCUACCCCCACCACUCGUCUUUGUCAAGCAGUCCACAUCAUACAGGGCCCGGUGGGCCUCACCACGGCUAUGGAGCGAAUGGUGGCGGCGGAGGAGGUGGUGGUGGCGGUGGUGGAGGCACCACAACAACCCCGGACCUACCAAGUCCCCAUUCGCCACCCCAUGGAGUUUCCACGGAUCCGGCUACUCCGUAUGGCUCUCUACAGGCUGGACAAGGUAUGGGCGCCAAUGGACAUCACCAUGGAGCCAGUAGUAUGAUGACCGACCAUCCGCACCAUCCGGGACAUCCCCAUCCCCAUCUACCAGGUCAUCCUGCUUACCCACCGGUCAAUCACAAUAACAACUGUACGCUUAAGCAAGAAGGCGGUCCAAGUGCACCAACGAGCACUCAGUUAUGCGCGGGUUGUGGCGGUCAGAUAGUCGAAAGAUGGCUGUUACUCGCGAUGGAUCGCUAUUGGCAUAAUGGCUGUUUGAAGUGCACAUACUGUAAUGCGGCUCUAGCGGAAAUCGGCCACUCGUGCUACACCAGAAGCGGCAUGAUCCUCUGCAAGAACGACUACAGAAGAAUAUUUGGCAGCAGUGGUGCCUGUGCAGGUUGUGGCAAUCCGAUACCUGCCAAUGAAAUGGUCAUGAGGACGGGUGGAUCGGUGUUUCACCUAAAGUGUUUCACCUGCAGCAAAUGCGGUGGACAGCUUGUUUCGGGCGACAGGUACUAUCUUCUAUCAGGUUCACCGGUUUGUGAAACGGACUGGCACAAGAUACUGAAAUCAUCGAGCGUCGCCGCAGCGACUGCGGCAGCAGCAGCAGCAGGAAACGGGGGUGCACCGGUGAGGAAAGGUAAGGUCGGUCGGCCUCGAAGGAGCCGCGAAUGAGGCGGCAACCCGGUCGGUCGCCCGAAGAAGGUUCAACCCUCUCCACAAGCGACGCCCGUUGUCGUACCAACGCAGGUCGACGUUGCGGACGUUGCCGUAGGAGGGGAUCCCUAUUCGCCGCCUCCGCCGGGUCAUCAGCACUAUCACCAUCAUCAUCACCACCAUCAUCACGAACAUCAUCAGAUGGGCCUUGUGCAUCCGGGUCUGGCGGCUCAGCAAACGACGCACAUGCAACAGCCAUCGUCCGGCAGCUAUCAGGAUUGGCCGCCGUGGGCACAGGAUCCUUGUGACUGAAUAGACCCCUCCGACCUGGUACUCUGCCAGGUCUGUGCCCACCAUGCGUCUCUCUCUCGAAGAUCACGUCCUCCUCUCUCAUUGCAAGAAAAUUUCAUCAAAAAAGAUGACGUGAUUCGUGAUCGCAUCGGGAGAAUGUGCGUUGUGCGACGAGUGAGAACCAACCAUACGUAUGUAUGUAUCGUUCGAUCGUCGUGAGUGCGUCGAAAACGAAAUUGUACCGGCUGCCAUCUUGCUUUUUCGUUCGAUCUCCCGAAAAAAGUAGAAACGCCAAACUUUCGAGCACGCGCGGAGGACGAGUCGCCGUCGAUUUUUCUCUUCGCUCAACACGUCUGCUUUCUUAUCUUCUUUAUUCUCCUUCAAUCGAUGUUCGGUACGUGUACGAGGCAAAAGGAUGCUCUUUCCUUUUCGAUCUAAGCUUUCAAGUUAUGUUUCUCCGAGAAAUCGAAACGCACAGAACAGACGACAGAGAAUUCUCAAAGAAAGAUGCACGAUGAACGUCAAUAAAGAAACUUGGACGAUUCAAACGAGCGACCCAUUUCAGAUACCUCGACUCUUAGAAAAUUAUUUUUCUUUCAAAAUUAUCAGUCCUUUCGUCUCGCCGAGCAGCACGUUCCGUAAACUCGUUAAGCGUUCCUUGUUCCCGUGAUCGUUAAUGGUGUCUCUCGCUGCAAGGUGAAACCCCGUACCAACGUUAAGACUCUUAAACGAUUGAAACCGUCAUUUUAAUCUUCCUCGAUGGUUUCUACGUUGUCUCGCUUCUCGUCAUUUCUUCUCUCUCUCUCUCUCUCUCUCUCUCUCUCUUUCUCUUUUUUUUCUCUCUCUCUUUCUCUCUCUCUCUCUCUCUCUCUCUCUCUCUCUUUUUGUUUCUCGUAUUCAUAAUAAUCGAACGGAACUCAUUCGUGUCGCGCGUGAAAAGUAUUCGACAAAGAGAUUAUCAAUUCAAUACAUUGAACGAGAAAUGCACAAGUGGUACACUACAUUCAUAGUGGUUAUAUAGUCGCGAGUUUCUCAAGAAGCCGAAGUACGUAUCUUCUACGCGUGGUUACAUUGGCGAUAAGUAGGAACGCUUUCUUUUACAGCCAAUUGCUGCCUUCGAAUAACGGCUGUGAAUGUAGAAAGAUGUAAAUCUAUGAUUCCCUUCUUCCCUCGUAUGAAUCCUGUUCAAGUCUUGCAUGUAUGCGUGUGCAGAGAAAGAGGGGAAGAGAGAGAGAGAGAGAGAGAGAGAGAAAGAGAGAGAUCGAAGUAAAAAGAUGGGGUCACGCAUGGAGCAAUUGGAAAUUUGCAUCAGCAUCGAUCUAUGACACUUGCGAACUUUCGUAUAUUUCUUCGAUCGCUGAAAUACAAAAAGAAACGAACAUCGUUUUUAUUUUCUAUCGAAGAGACAUCGACGAUUUUGUGAUCGCGCACAUUUUAGAAAGUCGAAUUGAACGACGAGGCGCAAGAGCAAGACAUGCACUACAUCAACAAACUUUUUUCAAGCGACAGGGUUACGAUCAUCCGCAAUAAAUGUAACAUAAAUGUAUAAUCUUAUAACACGUUGCGAUAUAAUCUAUAAACCGCACGUAGCCAAUGUCGUUUCUCGAAUGUUGGACAGGCUUUUAUCCCUUCCACUUCUGUUUUACGUGAAGAACAGGCAAGGGAAAAGCUAAAGCGACACUGACGAUGAGCCAAUUCGAAGCUCGAUAUCGAAACUAAAGACACAAGUUUUUGAUGUAAACUGUACCAUAAUGAAAGGAUACAAAAAAAAUCACCUCGAUCGUUAUACGUUUACUCGUUCCGUUAUUAGCGAACUUUUGUCUCAAGAGCUCUGCGUACUUAAAACAAAAAAUAUUAAGGGCUCGUAGGUAGGACUUUUGAAGAAAGCGACGCGGCAAUCUUAGGAGCGAAAGAGAGAGAGAGAGAGAGAGAGAGAGAGAGAGA